ACGUAGUCACUCGAAGAAAGCGAAAGUGCAAUCAUGUCCGUCGAAGAAACUCCCGCCAUUAUUAUUGACAACGGCAGUCACACGUUGAAGGUCGGUUUUGCCGGAGACGAUGACCCGAAGGAAACUUUUCGAAACGUGGUACAGUUAACGGAAAGCACGGAUGGCAUCGUUCGAAGUGUUGGUGUGGCAUCGAAUCCAGCUAGCCGUGUUGUCAGUCCGAUUCAGCGAGGACAACCCUGCGACUGGGAGGCUAUGGAAAGUGUCUGGGAGUACACGUUCAAAGAUGUGUUGAAAAUCGCAUCAGAAGAUCACAACGUGCUGCUCACAGAUCGACCGCUCAGCGGCAGAGCAGACCGUGAAAAGGCUGCUCAAAUAAUGUUUGAAAAGUUCUCGACACCUGCCACUUACCUGUCGAUGCAAGCAACGCUGGCACUGUAUGGGGCGGGGCGUAUCAGUGGAACCGUGGUUGACGUUGGCGAUGGUUGUACAAGUAUUGUGCCCAUCUUAAAAGGCACUCCUACCAUCGAAGCUAGCAAGUGCGUUGAUUUGGCAGGGUGCGAUAUGGUGAACUAUCUGGCAAAUGCACUCAACGUAAGUGACCGAGAAAUAGCGCGAGAGGUAAUGGAAAAAGUAUGUGCGGUUAGUGGCGAUAUGGAAAAGGAAGUGGUGAACAAGGUAGAAUUUAAAGCUUCCGAUGGAUCAGUCGUCAACAUUGGGGCUGAGCGAUAUCGAUGUGGCGAGGCAAUGUUUAACCCAUCGGUGAUAGGUCAGCAGAACGUUCGUCCAGUGCAAGAGCUAAUUGCUGAAAGUGUGGCAUCUUGUAAGGAAACCAACCGAAAGGACCUCUACGCUUACAUCGUGCUUGUUGGCGGCUCGACGAUGUUGAAAGGGUUUUCGGAGCGUUUGCAGUCUGAACUAACAAAGCUGGUUCCAUCACAGUAUCGAUGUAAGGUAGUGACGACCCAAGACCCAAUAUUGACCGUUUGGGCUGGUGGAUGCUUGGUAGCGCAAAGCCCGAUGUUCCAGCAAUCGUGGGUAACAAAGCAAGAAUAUGAAGAAUACGGAGCAGAUGUUAUCCACCGAAAAUGCGUUUAAGUUUGU